GUACAUACCUGGCGGCGGUGGCAGCAGCAUCUUCUCCGUUGGCAUCUGAGCAACUCAUUUGUUUGUUACGUGAAACGACUUGCUUGGUUUCCUGCACUGCUACUUCGUUAGAGUUCUUUACGUUUAAGUUCCUUGGUGCGAGCCGGUUCUCUGCGGCCGUAUCCGCAGCGAUCCGAGCCUAGCCAGCAGGUGCUGGUUCUGCCGUCCCACGUGGCCCAGGGCGGCCGGGCAGCGGCGGCUGUGACUUAGUGUGUGGGGAGGGAGCGCCUCCUGCUUAUCCUCUUGCCGUCCGUUCGGUUGGUCGGGUGGUUUUGCGUGUGUGUGGGGGUGCCUCUUGGUACUGUCUUCAAACUCGUUUGGCUUUGCAAUUUAAUACAGUACUGUACAGUGCAGUAAUACAUAAUGGCAGAUAAAAAGAAAAGUCGUAAAUCCAUUACCUUACAUAUGAAGCUUAAAAUGAUUAAACUGUCUGAAGAAGGUGUUUCUCAAGCUGAGAUAGGCCGAAGGCUAGGCUUCACUCCAACGACAGUUAGCACAGUCAUGAGGAUCAAAGAAAAAAUUCUUGCGGAAGUUAAGAGUGCUACUCCAGUGAACACAACAAAAAUUAGAAAAAGGGAUAGCGUUGUUGCAGAUAUGGAGAGACUCUUAAUACUCUGGAUAGAAAAUCAGACAACACGCCAGGUUCCUGUAAACCAGGCAAUGAUUCAAAAUAAAGCCUUAAGCCUAUUCAAUUACCUGAAGGCUAAGAAAGGUGAGGCAGCAAAGGAUGCCAAAUUUGUUGCAAGCCGUGGAUGGUUUGAUAGGUUCAAGAAGAGGUCUAACCUACAUAACAUCAAAGUGCAACGAGAGGCAGCUGCUGUAGAAAGCUAUCCAUGCUACCUUGCCAAAAUUAUUGAAGACGGAGGCUACUCCAAGGAUCAAAUUUUUAAUGUGGAUGAGACUGGGCUGUUCUGGAAAAAGAUGCCUGCAAGAACCUUCAUCGCAAGAGAGGAGCAAACAAUACCAGGCCACAAGGCAGCUAAAGAUAGAAUAACCCUUCUGUUAGGUGGCAAUGCUUCUGGUACCUUAAAGCUAAAGCCUAUGCUAAUUUAUCGUUGGCAAAACCCUAGAGCUUUGAAGAACUACAUUAAAACUAGACUUCCAGUGCAUUGGAGGUCUAAUAGAAACACAUGGGUGACUGCAGCCAUUUUCGAAGAAUGGUUUGACACCUGCUUUAUACCAGAGGUGAAAGCCUAUUGCAAGGACAACAAUAUCCCUUUCAAAAUUUUACUCCUUGUAAAUGCUCCUGGCCACCCUCGAACGUUAGAUGAGCUGAACCCUAACAUUCGAGUGGAAUUCCUACCACCGAAUACCACCUCAAUACUGCAGCCCAUGGAUCAAUGUGUCAUAGCCACCUUCAAGUUGAACUACUUAAAAAGAACAUUCAGUAAGUGUAUUGCAGCAAUAGACAAUGAAGAGGGAACAAGGCAAGAAGUCCUAAAGAAAUUCUGGAAAAGCUACGACAUCUUGGAUUGCAUCGAAACUAUAAGAGAUGCUUGGAAUGACAUAAAGGAAACAACAAUGAAAGGGGCCUGGAAAGAAUUAUGCCCACAGUUAGUUGAUGAUUUUGAAGGCUUUGAAGAUCCUGUAGCUGAUGUUAUUGAAAAUAUUGUAGAGAUGGCAAGGCAGUUAGAGCUGGAAGUGCAGCCAGAAGAUGUUGCUGAACUUCUGGCGUCCCAUACUGAGCCCCUCAGCAAUGAAGAUCUUCUGGAACUUGAAGAGGAGAGAGAAGAAGAAGAUGUGUGGGAUGAGGUUGAGACCACUGAACAGCCUGAAGGCCUAACUUCAAAAAUUCUCUUGGAAGCUUUCCGUCAUCUUGAUACCGCCAUGGCUCUUUUUGAAAAGCAUGAUAGGGACUUUGAAAGAAGUUCCAAAGUCAAUGCUAUUAUUUCGGGGGGUUAUGCCUGUUACAAAGAAAUCUACAGGGAAAAGAAAAGAGCUACAGUUCAAACCUCCUUAGACACCUACUUUCUUAAAAGGCCAGCAGCACCCAGUCAAUCUCCCAAACCAUCAACAUCCACUGCAAGUCCAUCUCUAGUAUCGACAUCAGCCCCAAGCCCUACUCCAUCCAAAUCGCCAGCAAGAAAGCGUCUAUCCCUUGAUGACUCGACUUACAAAAUAGAAGAUAUGCCCUCUCCUUCAUCCUUCCUACAAUAAAUUUUCGUUCAUCCAUUUCACAAAAAUCAGCCGACAUUAAAGAUGAAACUCUGGCCUGGCAGGCGGAAGGAUGAUGAAAGGGAUUGCCACCUCCGAGCUGCCGCAUGCAAAACACCCUCAACAGUUUCUUU